CAGGUAUUCCCGAUAUCAAUACUGAAAGAACACAGAAGCCAAUAUGGCCGACAUGAUACAACUGUUUGUUACGUCUGGAAGUAACAAGAAAACAACCUUUCAAAUACACAAAGAUGCAUCUGUAGAGGACCUAAUGAGAAAAAUCUCGGAUUGGAAUGGCAUAGAUUCGGCCAGUCAACGAGUCCUAUUUGCAGCUAAAGAAUUGGUGAUGAAUAAAGAUGGGAAGAAGAUGUAUUUGUCGGAUUAUAAACUCCAGGACAGGUCGCAACUGUUUGUGGUGUUCCAACUUCCGGGGGGCAGUGACCCGGACCCAUUGGAAGGCCAGGUCCGUCAACCAAAACAAUUUGAGGAUGCCGUUAAAUUAACUGAUCUUUCAGAUAUGAUCACAUGGGAUGAUGACCCAAACAAUCAGCGUGCCAAAAUGCCAUGUGGUCAUGCUAUUGGUCCAGAGUCCCUGACAGCGUAUUGCAGAAGUUUGCUGACGACUGGAAAAAAGUCAGUUCCACUGUCCGUACAUAGACAAGGAAAAUUCAACAUACUGUUGGCAAAUUUGGGAAUAUUUCACAGUCAGACGUCUGGCUGGACUGACUAAAAUGUCUCAAAACUACAUGAGGAAAUCCGCUGGAAUCCAGGCGUGUCCCAAAUGUACCAUCUUCUGCAUGAGGAAGAAUUCCAAAGACAGGCGAGUUGUGUGUCUGUCGUGCAGCAAAGACGGUAAAAUGUUCGAGUUCUGUUGGCAUUGCCUCGCGCGGCGACUGAAAAACACCCGGCAGUACUAGCUGUGGGAAUAUUGCAUGUACUGGAGAAGAUCCGAGGUUUAAGAUCCUGAAAGAGGCUUCACUGAAAAGCAUCGUCGGCCUGAUGGGUUGCCCGUCAAUCCGAGCUUGUCAAAAGUGUGGCAUUCUGAUACAACAUACAAAUAAUUCCAAGUAUAUGGUGUGUUUAUGCGCUUCAUUUGUCUCACAAAGGCAGGGACCGACGGCUUGUAUCAAUGAGGGACCUACAACAAACCCUGUAGUAUCGCUCCAAUCCAGAAGACGAUUGUCGAUUCAGAUGAUGAUGAUGCUGACAACGGUAGUUUUGAAGUGUGGACAUAUCGCCAUUGGAAACGGGUUGAUAGUGUGUCGAUACGUCGUUUCCUUCUCCCUUUAGUAUUUUCAACAUUGAAAAACAUAUCAAGUUAGACCCUUGGAACUCGUUGUCUGUCAGCAUGUUGAUUAUCUUUUCAAAGGCGGGG